GGCUGUUGACCACGAGAUAGGUACAUACCUAGGUACCUGUGUAGACUGUAAGGAUGGUUCCCCGCAUUCAACUGUGCAUCCAGCAAGCAGUGCGUAAGGUUGAAGGCUUGGAGCUGGGAAAGGCUUGGCAUGUUGGCGCGCUACCUAACAAGUGACAACCACGACCUGCCUUCAAACACAAUCAUCACAUAUCUGGGCCGCCAACAAACUGCCCACACUAUUAACCGAAGCUCUGCUAUAGUCACAGUAAAACUCUAUCUCUUCCCCAUCUCUACUUCAUCUAAUGCCGCAUGUCCACAGCUCGAGGCCCCAGAUCCCGCUUUCCCUUCGCGUCGCAUCUUCCAAGGUUUUCCUUUUAUCACCCCGAAAAAGAAAAAGCCCCUCCACGCCUAAAAGGUGACCGAGUCGGCAGUAUCACAACAUAUACAUCUUUGCAAGAGUAUUUCUGUCAUGGAACCAUCUUCACAAGGCACCGGGCAGCAGGGCAGGCAGCAGCCUGUUUAUGAUAUCAGAAACGGCGGGCAUUAUGGUGCCAGCGCAGCACUUUCAGCACAAGGAUAUGCCCCCGUUGCCGAGCUUUACACAGGAACCUGGGCAAAUGUCAACCAAGGCCUACAAGGAACGGCUCGCGAUAUUUUGACAACAUACUGGCAACACAUAAUCAAUCACCUUGAAACGGACAAUCAUGAUUAUAAAAUCCAUCAGUUACCACUGGCGCGUAUAAAGAAAGUCAUGAAGGCAGACCCAGAGGUGAAAAUGAUUUCCGCAGAGGCGCCUAUCCUUUUUGCAAAGGGUUGUGAUGUCUUCAUUACUGAGCUGACCAUGCGGGCAUGGAUCCACGCAGAGGAUAACAAACGACGAACUCUGCAGCGAUCAGACAUUGCUGCAGCUCUCUCGAAAUCUGACAUGUUUGAUUUUCUUAUCGAUAUAGUACCUCGUGAAGAAGCUACCUCCCAUGCCAAGAGAUCUAGUCAGACAGGUGGUGCUCCUGCAAGUUCUUCUGCAGCUCCGAGUGCUCCCGGUCAGUUACCACCAUCUCAACACGGGGUCCAACACCCUCAGCAUCACAUGGCUCCUCCGGACUACAGCACGUUGGGGCAGCAUCUUCCCCAAGACUCAGAAUAUCGCCCCCAGCCCACCAUGUAUGCGGGCGCCGUGCAAACAGAUCCGACAGCGGCAUAUGGCCAGCCUCAGUCUCAAAUGUUUGAAGGGAUGUAUGCUCCAUACCCCCAUAUACCACCACAGCAGGUAGCAAAAAUCAAUUGAACCCUUCCUUCUCCCUUUUUUUCUUUUUUUCUUUUCUUUUCUUUUCUUUCUUCUUUCUUUUUUCUUUUUU